AUGGGCGGAGUCAUUACAAGAAAGAACAUCCGGAAUCUGUCAAAGACGGAACUGGACAACCUCGUUAGGGCAUUUGCUGCCAUACAAAAGCUCCCUGCCGAGGAUCCUAAUUCCUUCUUCGUCAUUGCUGGCUACCACGGGGAGCCAUUUCGUGGUGCGGGCUACGCAAACCCCGCAUGGUGGGGAGGAUACUGCAACCAUGGCAAUGUACUCUUCCCGACCUGGCACCGAGCCUAUCUUUUGAGACUCGAAAGAGCCCUCCAGAGUCAGGUCCCCGGCGUGGCCCUGCCGUACUGGGACGAGACCGAAGAGGCUACCCUGACAGGGGGCAUUCCCUCAAUCUUCCUGGACAAAGAGUACAUGUUUUCUGAUAAAACCUCCAUCCCGAACCCACUGUUCUCGUACAAGUUCCAGGCCAGGAUCACGGAUAGGCUCUCGCCCAUCCCAGAUGCCAACUACACCAAACCGGUAGGCUAUGAGACUGUCCGCUACCCCUUUUCCGGGCUCGUGGGCACCCCGCUCGACGCCGAGGGCUCCUUCAUUCACAACGAGGAGCUGCGCAAGCAAGGAGAAGAGGCAACGAAUGAGAUGCUAAACGACAAUGUCGUCACAUGGCUCAACUACUCCUCCUUCUACAACAGCGAAGGGAAGGAGGUGCCCGCCGGUAUUAAGGAUAAGUACUACGACUGCCUCAACGCGCCCAACUACACUGUCUUCUCUAACGGAACCUCUGCCCAGCGCUGGAACGACGACCGCCUGAACGAAGACGGCUUUCGACCCGUGGUGCCGCUCGAGUCCCCGCACAACUCAAUGCACCUCGCCGUCGGCGGUUUCGAAGUGCCCGGCGAGAGCAGCUUCGACCAGAUUGCCGGCGCCACUGGCGAUAUGGGAGAGAAUGACACCGCCGCCUUUGAUCCCAUCUUUUACUUCCAUCAUUGCUUCAUCGACCUCAUGUUCUGGCGUUGGCAGGUGAAGAACAACCAGCGGGAAAAUCUGGAAAUCAUCGAUGGGUACCCCGGCACCAACUCCGUCGACAGCCAGGGCCCUACGCCUGGAGUGGCGGGCGGGACAUGGCUCACCCUCGACAGCCCUCUGGAGCCGUUCAAGAAGCCUAAUGACCCGAAGACGGCCUAUACAUCCAAAGAUGUUGUCAACAUCACCAGGCUAGGCUACAUUUACGACAAUGUCAAUGCGCCGCCUAGGGCUUGCCCGCCGCGCAGCCAGCCAUCCUCCAUCCUGACUGUCGGCAACAUCAACCGCGCCACCAUCGGAGGCUCAUUUGUCAUCUCGGCUUGGGCUGUAAAAGAGAACGGAGAACAGUUGUUGAUUGGGACGGAGGCUGUGUUGAGCCGCUGGCACGUUGCUGGGUGCCAGAAUUGUCAGAAUCACUUGGAGGUUCGGGCACAUAUACCGAUUGAGGGCUGGAGCAAAGAGGAGGCCCAGAAGAUGCGUUUCGAGGUCGGAGUGCAUACCCGGAAGUUGAAAGGGGGUGCCCAAGACGGGAACCGGUCCCAGCAGGGAGCUAAAAAUCCUACGGUUAAACUUGGGGCUGACCACAUUUGA